AUGGCAGCGCAGGCAGAGGCGCCGAAUGUGGCCAUGGAGGGCUGCGAUGUUCUCAUGGUGCCCUACAGGUUUGAUGCCAAGGAGCUGCGCUGGACUCCAACGGGCGAAGCGGCUGCUGCCGUCAGGAUGAGUAGAGAGGCUGCCAAGAGCUGGCGAAUCGUUGUGGGCGACCAGGGAGUGCCAUUAUCCGAGAUAAGAAGCGCAUCCACCCUUGGCCCGAACUUUUUGGUGCUCGACCUGAUCAAACACGGUCAGAUUGGUCUGCGCUGCGACGACGAGUCGGGCCUGAAACAAUUUGCCACGGAGCUUUCGAAACGCCGAGCUGAUUAUGAACGCUUUGAGCAGUACGAGCAGAGCAGCGUCCAAAGCUAUUUCCAGUACUAUGCCAAGCUGUCCAACCAGCAAAACAUGCUGCAAGACAGUGUGCGAACCUCGACCUACCAUCGAGCUAUUGUCGAAAACCCCGAUGAUUUCCAAGGGAAGGUCGUGAUGGAUUUGGGUGCCGGGAGCGGCAUCCUCUCCUUCUUUUCGGUGCAGGCAGGCGCCGAGAAAGUGCACGCAGUGGAGGCAUCGUCAAUGGCCGAAGUGGUGCGCUUGCUCUCUAACGCGAAUCCGUUUUUGACGAAGAAGGUAGAGGUGAUCAGCAGACCGGUGGAGACUAUCACGACAUCCGAGCUCGAUGGGCAGGUAGACGUGUUGGUGUCCGAGCCCAUUGGCACUUUUCUGUUCAACGAAAGGAUGAUCGAGAGCUACCUCUGUGCUCGUGACCGGUUUCUCAAGCCCGGUGGCAAGAUGUUCCCGAAUGUUGGAACGAUCUGUAUAGCUCCGUUUUCCGAUUCGCUUCUGCAUUGGGAGCAGCAGAACAAGAACGGCUUCUGGAAAAACACAAACUUCUACGGGAUUGACCUCACAGCAGCAGUGCAGCGAUGCACAAGGGAACACUUCCGCCAACCUGUCGUGGACUACAUCAAUCCAGACUGCCUGGUUUCAAAGUGUAUUGAGAAGAGGUUCGAUUUCAAAACCAUUACGAUCGAGUCGCUUCAUUCGAUCGAGAUUCCUUUCGACUUUGAGAUUUCGCAGCCGUGCCUGGUGCACGGAAUAGCAGGUUGGUUCGAUGCUUUCUUCGAGGGCACCAACCAGACCGUGGUCCUGUCUACAGCACCGACGUGUCCAGGAACUCACUGGUACCAGAUACGAUUCUUGCUGGAAGUGCCGCUGGCUGUCAACGCCGGUCAGCACGUUGAAGGAACUCUGAAAAUGGAGGCGAACAACUUGCAGUCCUAUUACAUCAGCAUCUACAUGAGAAUACAGGGGACGAACAUAUCUUCUUCUGCUCCGUGCAUCGAUCUGAAGGAUCCCGAAUACCGGUUUUAUACAUCUGCGAAUUCGUACUGCCCGCCGCGAACCUAG